UGUACUGCCUCUCUAGUUGAUAGUCCAUGUGUGCAGGCAGGCACACAAUAUUUGAGAGGGUACUGUUUGCCUGGCAGGUGGUGGGGGCAGGAAUAAAGACGAACAUAUGCACAGAUAUAAAGGCCGAAGAUUUCUGAGUGCACCAGUUUUCUGCAGCACUGUGAAGGAAAGCAGCAAGAUGAAGGUGCUGGUGUUUGCUCUUGUUCUGGGGCUAACGGUGUCCAGUGGCAUGGCUCUGGACUGCUAUCACUGUGUUCCUGCUAAAGCAGGAGGGGCUUGUGAGAUCACCACGGUAACCUGUCCUGCUGGAAAAGAUGCUUGUGCUGCAGCCAAGUUCCUCAGAAGCCCAUUUGGACACUACCAGAAGUGUAUGGCCAUGGUUGCCUGCGAGCAGCUGAAGCUCAACGCUUACAUCAAAGUCAAGUGCUGCCAGAAUAAGCUCUGCAACACCUUCUGAGCCAGGAGACCUCUGACAUUUGACAUAGUGAUGUGUCAGAAAAAGAUGGUUGACAUUUUGCCUGUUUGAGUGUUGGUUACUUUGUAUGGAAAAUAUGGAAAUAAAAAAAACAAAAGAAUGAAGCAUCAACAAUCAACAACAUGAAUAAACAUGUUUUAAAGCUGUU